GGCGUGGUAUUUAACAAAGCUUUCUUUCUCUCUCUUUCUUUACAAACAUUUAUUCAGUUUCUCUAUGUCUUGUUCUUGUUCUUGUUCUUCUUGUUAUCCUUCCCGCCAUAUCAUGUCCUCUGUUUUCACAUGAUCAUAGGUUGUGUUUGUGUAGAAGAGAGACAGAGGAGUAAUGGAGCAUGAAGUUGUUAACAAAGGAGAUGAGGAGCCAUUGGCUUUGCCACCAGGAUUCAGGUUCCAUCCAACUGAUGAAGAACUUAUCACUCACUACCUCUCAAGAAAAGUUAUUGAUGCUAGAUUUGAUGCCAGAGCCAUAGGUGAGGCUGAUUUGAACAAGUGUGAGCCAUGGGAUUUGCCAUGGAGAGCAAAGAUGGGGGAGAAAGAGUGGUACUUUUUCUGUGUGAAAGAUAGGAAGUACCCAACUGGUUUAAGGACAAACAGGGCAACAGAGUCAGGGUACUGGAAGGCAACAGGAAAGGAUAAGGAGAUUUACAGGGGAAAGACCCUUGUUGGGAUGAAGAAGACCCUUGUUUUCUACAGAGGAAGAGCUCCAAAGGGUGAGAAGACUAACUGGGUUAUGCAUGAGUACAGACUUGAGGGAAAGUUCUCUUCUUUCCCAAAGACAGUCAAGAAUGAAUGGGUGAUAUCAAGAGUGUUUCAGAAGAGUAGUAGUAGUAAUUCAGGAGGAGUAGGAGGAGGAAGGAAAGGCAUUGGGGUUAUGGGAAGAGGUGGAGAAGAUGAAACAAUAGUUGUAGGUUCAGGUUCCCCACUACUUCCUCCAUUGUUAGACAUGACUUACAGCAACAACAGCAGCAAGGCCCACGUGACCUGCUUCUCCAAUGGCUUGGAGGGCCAGAAAGGCCAUGAGGACUUCUUAACAGAGGACCUCAACCCUCUUCUCCUCUCUUCUACUGCCAACCCUUCAUCAGUUACCAAUCCUUAUUCAUCCAAGUUACCUCUCCAGCUGAUCCAUUACAACACCACCACCACCACCAACAACAACAACAGUAACAGUAACAGUAACAUUAAUGGUUUGCAGUUUUAUCAAACUGGUGGUGGUGGUGGUGGUAGUAGUAGUAGUUUGGUGCAAUUGCUUGAAAGUAAUGGAUAUUAUGGUAUGAAAGGAAGCUGCAAAACAGAGAGGGAUCAAAUGCUUAGCAUCUCUCAAGAGACUGGUCUCACUUCUGACAUAAACCCUGAGAUCUCUUCUGUUGCUCAAGAGGUCCCUUCUUCUUCAGCUGCUCAUCUUCCUCUCCAUGACUACAUCUGGUCCUAUGAAUAGACUAGACUAGACUAGUUUCUUUUCACUACUUCUUUUUCUCUUAAAAAUUACUGGUUUGUAUAUUAUUAUUAUUAUUAUUAUUCUUACUAUUAUCAUUAUCUGUUUGUAUGUGAGUUUUGUGAACCUCCAAUAAGAUUUGUGAAAGUUAUUAAAUAGAAAUCA